AUGAUUUUUGAAAAUUGCUUAUUAACCGAACUUGUUAAUUUGAACAAUUCGCUAAAUUUAAUUUCACCAAAUAUUCCCUCCGUUAAUAAUGAAGGUGUUGCUACAAUCAACGAUUCACAAAGUGCUAACACUGUAGAGCUUUCUAGAAAAUUGCUCGUGUUACAAGAAAAUUUAGAAUAUUCAAUUAAACAGGAACCUAAAGUUACUGCCGCUAGCAACAAUAUUAGAAAAAACAGUUUUAAUACCAACAGUGUAAAUAUUAAAUCCAUUAUUAAAAAUAUUAAUGCCCUACCCCAUUUUCAAUCAUCUUCAGAAUACAGUGAUAUUUUAACUUGGUAUUUGCAAUUUUUGAAAGUUAGUUCUAAUUUAAAAGUUGUUGAAGAUGAUUUAUCAUACUUUGAAUCUUUGUUAUCCAGCAAAAGAUGGCAGUUAAUCUAUAACAUUCAAACUUUCCCCAGAAAACUCUAUUUGGGUGCUUGCAUUUUGCAAAAAACCAUUAAAAAAUCAGGUUUCAAAGAUGGAAACAACAGCAAAUUAAGCGAUCUGUUUAGUGUAUCUAAUUUCAUGUCUAUACCAUUAUGGGAUGCUGAAAAGAAUUUUUUACACAAAUUCAAUUUUAAUCCACAUAGUCUACUAGAAUCACCUAAAUUGUUAUUUUUAAUCUUUAACAAUUUAUUAAAUGGAGAAAUUAAAUCUACAAUUGACAAAUUAAACAAGCAAAAACAGGAAAUUUUGGUGACUUAUGAAAAUUUAAUAAAUCAAUAUGAAAAUAAAAAAUUUGAAUCAUCACUGGGAGAACCCAAUAUCAAUGUUGAUUUCGUCAACAACGGCAAAAAAUAUGAUUAUUUAAUUACCAAAAAUUUGAUAAGUUUACAACCAAGUACUUCCGAGAGAUAUUGGUUAACGUUAACAGUUGCCUUUUACUAUUUACCCUUUAAGAUUAUUGGUAUAUGGAAGAAUAGAGUAAUAAUCUAUAAAUUUAUUAAAACCGAAAUGAUUGAUUUUACUAAAGGUUUGUUACUCAAUUGGAUAUGGAAUCCAUUGGUACAGAUAUGGAAUACGGUAUCACAUAGAGAGGAUUCUUCAAUGAUGGUUUCUAACCCACAAUCUUUAGCCAACGAAAAUAGCGCUUUACAAAAAAUGAUGGAAAAUUAUGUCAAACGUAAUUCUUCAGAUGUAGAAUUUCCUGACAACCAAACUGCUUUGUAUAAUGAUUUAUUGGAAAAACAUUUUUUGGAUAUUUAUGAGUAUCAAUUACAAAGCCCUUGGAAGUAUUUUUUCAACGGCCAACUAAUCCAAAGCGGGUUGAUAUUAGUGCAAAGAGCUAAAGUUGAGGCUGGUGUUGCCUUGAAUGGUAUUGACAAAUUAUUACAAUCACAGGAAUUGGUUUUUGAAUUUGCAGCUAUCUCACCUGCCAUAUUAAUUUGCUACAGUUUGUAUGGGGUUUUUAUAAAACCUUUAUUAUUUAAUGCGCCCAUUAAAAUUACCCAAACCUUAUCAAACUUGUUUCUAGGGAAACAAAAGACAUUAAACAAGAAAGAUAAGAUAUUGAGUUAUUACAAUGGGUUGUUAAAAUAUUCCUAUGACGAAAGUGAAGCUGCGGACAAUAAAGACAUUACCACUCUUAUUAGUCAAAAUUUUAUUUAUUUGUUAGAUAAUUUUGGUGAAUUAGGAUUAAAACUAAUUCCAAAGGAAAGACUUGACGAAUGGAGUCAAGAUAUUAUGAUUAUUUUCCAUAAUAGAAAAAACUCCAAAAUUUUGGAAAAACAAUUGAACAGAGUAUACCAAUCAUAUGGAAGAUAUUUCAAUUGA